CUGAAGAAAAACAGAGCAUAGAGAAAAACAGAGCAUACUCUGACUAUACCAAACCAAAAACUAAAAAUGGAAUCCCCUGUUUUCCAUUCCCAAACUUCCGAUUUGUCGUCGGAGUCGUCGUUCGGAUCGCUGGAUUCUUUCUCUUGGGAGAGCUUUCAUUUCUCUGCCAAUUCUCUUCCUUUCAAUGAGAACGACUCUGAAGAGAUGCUCCUCUAUGGGCUACUCUCCGAGACUAACCGAGAAACCGUCUCGGGCUCUGUCUGGGAGAACCCGAUAAAGGAGGAAGAGGUGAGCUCGAUGUCGGAGGAAGAGAAUCCGAAGAAGGAGCGGUCGUACCGGGGGGUUCGGAGGCGGCCUUGGGGGAAGUUCGCGGCGGAGAUUAGGGACUCGACACGGCACGGCAUAAGGGUGUGGCUCGGCACGUUCGACAGCGCGGAGGAGGCGGCUUUGGCCUACGACCAGGCCGCGUUUUCGAUGCGGGGACAGUCGGCGAUCCUCAAUUUCCCGGUCGAAACCGUCGAGGAAUCGCUGCGGGAAAUGAACUACGGCCCCGAGGAAGGGUGCUCGCCGGUGGUGGCGCUCAAGAGGAAACACUCAAUGAGAAGAAAAAUUGUGAACAAGAAGAGCAAAGUGACGGAUGUGAGGAUAGACAAUGUGGUGGUUUUUGAAGACUUAGGAGCAGACUACUUGGAAGAACUUUUAUCCACCUCAAUCUAACACACAAGUCCCUCCAAGUCCUUUUUUGGUGAAUCCAAACAUUUUUUUUUUUUUUUUUUUUGGCUGUAUCUUUCUUUUAUUUUAUUUUAUUUUUGUUGUACCCCUGGGGAUUAGCAAGAUAUCCAAAAUUUUUAAAUCUGUUAAAUCCUUUUGCCUUCAUGUAAAUUGUAUCGAGAAGGCAACGAGUUUAUGUAUCCUGGAGCUCGUGGGGGCUGAAUUGUAAGUCUUGAUUAUUUAGUGAGACUCAUGUUGUUUUUA